GAAUUUGAGAAUAAAAAAAGCAUACAUGAUGGAGCAAAGAGAGAAUCAAACUCCACAAGUUUGCAGGCCAAACAGCUAAGGUUUUGGUUGAAUUUAUGGAGGUGGCUAUAACUGCUGUAGUUUUUCUCAAAGGGAUUUAUCCUUCUGGUGCCUUUGACAGGAGAAGGUAUAUGAAUGUGGUGGUUCAAAGGGCUCGCCAUCCUCAGCUUAGAUAUUACAUACAUGCCACUGUUUCAGGGUUGCUACCCUUUAUACAAAAGGGAAUGGUGGAAAGAGUAGCUGUUAUUUUCUUCAAUGCUGAUAAUGUUCCACUGGAGAAAUUUGUAUUCAAGGUUGCAAUGAACCAGUCUUAUGAAUCAGUAGUGGAAGACGUUGAUCUUGAGUCCUCUCUCAGAUCAUUUCUGAUUAAGCUGUCAAUCUCUGAAUCUCUUACUAGGGAGCUUCCUCCUGAUUGCAGAUGGGAGAUAACUGCUUACUUUCGAUCCCUUCCUGAGACUGAUCCUAGCAAGGAAGCAGAACUGUGGAUCCCAACUGACACAAAGCAAUGGCAGCAGCCUCCACUUAUAACCCCUAUCAAAUCAAUGAGCAGUGAACCUCUGUGUUUGCAAUUGUACUUGGAGCAUCCAAGUUUAUCAGAAUUGCUUUGAGAUGGGAACUCAAAGGUACAGUACAUAUAUAAACAUGUAUGGUAAGAAUGUAGGAACCAGUUUUUAUUUAAACUUUUGAAAUCUCACAUUUUUUUAUUUCGUUGUGUUUUCGAUUCAUUAGGUAAUCAGCAUGCUUUUACAGAAAAUUGCUGCCAUGUUUUCUACUAGUCAAUUAAUAGUUGCAACUUGAAAGGUUAAUAUCUUAUAAUAAAAUUUAAGAAACCAAAAGUUAAUAUUUUAAAUGGAAGUAAAAGAUUAUGAAAGUACAUAACAAAAAUAUAAAUUGUUAAUGAACCUAUAAUAUUUUAAGAAACCUUGUUAUGUAUUUUUGGUUCUAGAGUGCUGUUAUUGUCCAAAAUCUAGAUAACUUGUGUCGGCCAAGACAAGAUCUUUCUUUGAACAGUUUUAAGGAUGCAUUCCUCAUAUGAAUUCGUUACUUUUAGGGGAAUUAAUUGUCUCGUGUGCUGGGCCAGCUGGCUCACAGUUGGAACCUGAAUAUAUAUGGUCAAAGCAUGAAACACACCAUCAAAAAUAAAAUAGGGUAGAUCUCUAUAAUGACCAAUGCCAACCCUUCAUAUGACUUUGCGUCUCAACACAGAAAGUGGUCCAUGGGCCAGCCAUUAAGGCCAUUUUGACAGGAGCAUAUCACCGUUAGAACAGCCCAUAUAAACAAAACGAAGAUUUUCAAUUUGCUCCUUUUUUUCCUGAUUUAAAAUGUAUGGAUACUACUGUUUAUCCACAUUCUGAAGCUACUUUUGAUCUAACAGAAUAUCUCUUUACACAUCUGUUUUCACAUGCAAUGGUCAUUUUUUGUGGCUAGUGGAUGGAAAGCAUGUUCUCAAUCUCUGGACUAUUAAAAGAACUAUUUACAAGCGCAAGUGGUCUGUAUUGAACUCUUCCCAAAUGAAAAGUUGCUAACUUUUUACUGUGAUUUGAAGGUGGGAGAUAGAGACGGGAUUAUAGUUAUGUAUUUUGUGGAUAGACAAUGUAAAAGCAUCAUGAUUAAUGUUGUCUGUUUUUAUCGGUCUAUAUGUGUGACUUGGAACAUGCUGUAGAGCUUUCUUACUGUAGACUCCAUAGUCACGUACUUUUCCUCCAGUUGGUGUGAUCAGUUACCUCAGCCACUUUUUCUUGCUUAUUGGCUGACAUUAUUGCACCAUUUUCUUUCAUUUUCGAGGAUUUUUCUGUGUCUGCUGACUCGCUCUGCCAUAACAUGUUUUAAUCAUAAUAGUCUUCUUUAGUUUCUUUCCCUGUUUGGAAGAGCUUAUGGAUAAUAUAAAAAUAGCCUGAGUCUCAUUUUUUUUAAGCUUAUUUUAAUAAGCUUCUUGGUAUAGUUUAUUAGGUAUAGUUUAUUAAAAUAACUUGUUUUCGACUUGUUUUAAUAAGUUUCAUAUUUAAUUUAUAAGGUAAGUCAUAAUUUAAAAAGAGCUUAUUAAAUAAAUAGUUAAAUAAAUAUUGUACCUAAAUGAAUCCUAAAUCAAGUAGAGAAUCCAUGACCAUGUUCAACCCUAUUCCAUUUACUAGACUUUCCCACAACCGGAAGAUUUGGUAUGGUUUCCUAGUCUUGAGCAUGAUGUUUCUGGUUUGCAUGAAAAGUAUAAAAUCUCUAAGAGGUUAUGAUGUAAAACUGUAAUGGCUUUCGUCUACAACGCUUCCUUAAAACAGAUUGUAAGAAAUUUUAAAUUACAUAGUUGAAUAUAUCAGGUUUAAGAUUUCAAUUUGUGACAAGUAAUUAUAUCGUCAUAUUAAACCUCUGGGCAUAGAUACUUUUUAGAACGUUUGAGCUAAAUAAAGCUUAUGAACUUUUUGCUAAAGGCACUCUUUCCUAAAUAAUAUAGAAGAUGAUAAGGAUUCCAUUCAAUGAAUCCGAAGUUGGGAUUUUGAUAUAAGGACUCUAAUGAUAUUCAUCCUUAACAUGCAAUAAAAAUGUAGUCACUGUUAUAUUUUAGUUUAAUUACACCUUUAGUGUAAUUUUAAUUAUUCAUAUGUAGCUUUCUUAGAUUUCCAAUUCUUUAAACUAAGUGUUUAUCUAAAAAUUCCAUCCAUUAAUUAGCAAAAGUAUAACAUUAAAUAUAAGUCAUUAUAUUUAAUGUUAAACUUUUGUUAAUUUGGGAGAAGAGACUUAAUAUAGACAAUUAAAUAUAAGUCAUUAAAAUUAAAGAGGCUGAAAUCUUUAA